AUGUUAACAGGGAAUAUGGAGGCACCAACGAAGAAUUGGAUUAGCCUGCUUUUUUCGUUGGAGUCAUUAGAUGCGAGGCUAGCACCUCCAAAAGAUGUUAAACGAAGACAACAGAUUAGUUUGAAUGCUGGUAAAUCAAGAUGGAAUACAUUGGAGUUUUGGUUAUACUAUUUAGUAUUCAUAAUUGUAAUACCGCUAAUGUUUAAGACAGGUAUGGAUGCAUCUAAUGAGUUGAAUCCGAAUUAUCCGAAGUAUGAGCGAUUGUUAAGUGAUGGUUGGUUAUUCGGUCGCAAAGUCGAUAACAGUGACGAUCAAUACAGAUUUUUCAGGGAUAACUUUUUGUUGUUGCUAGGUUUAAUGUUAGGUCACACUUCCAUCAAGAAAUGUGUAAUUCAUUUUUCUUCUAUUAAACCUGUAACGUUUGAUUUUGGUUUUGGUUUGGUGUUCAUAAGUGCAGCUCAUGGGGUUAAUGCAUUAAGAGUACUUGUUCACUUGUUCGCAAUGUUUAGCAUUGUUAAGAUGUUCAAGAAACAAAGGAGAUUGGCAACCAUAUUAUCGUGGACAUAUGGUAUUGGAACACUUUUCUUUAAUAAUAGCUAUAAGUCGUAUCCUUUUGGGAGUAUUCUAUCAAUAUUAUCAUUUCUUGAUACCUCCUACAAGGGUCUUAUUGGAAGAUGGGAUGUGUUUUUCAAUUUUACGCUAUUGAGAAUGUUAUCUUUUAAUAUGGAUUAUUUAGAGAGAUGGCACAAUGUCAAUCAGAAGGAGAGAUUGACAACUCCUACGCUUUAUGAAAAUGAUGAUACCUCUGCAAGCACAAAGAACCAUGAAUUAGUGUCUCUUGCUCCUAUUCGAGAAAAUGCAUUUAGUGAAGAAAUAUUAGAUGAACGUUCUCGCUUAGUAGCUCCCCAUAGCUUACGAGACUACUCUAUCAAAAAUUAUCUCGCCUAUGUUACUUACACACCAUUAUUCAUUGCUGGCCCAAUCAUUACGUUUAAUGACUACCUAUACCAAAGUUGUCACACGCUACCUUCUAUCGCUGGUCACAGAAUUGUGCGAUACGCAUUAAACUUGACAUGUUGUUUAUUAACCAUGGAAUUCCUACUUCAUUUCAUGUAUGUGGUUGCGGUCUCCAAAACGAAAGCGUGGGCUGGUGAUACCCCAUUUCAAUUGUCUAUGAUAGGACUCUUUAAUUUGAAUGUAAUCUGGUUGAAGCUAUUGAUUCCCUGGAGGUUAUUUCGAUUGUGGGCAAUGCUUGAUGGCAUCGACCCACCAGAGAAUAUGAUUAGGAGUGUUGACAAUAAUUAUAGUGCAUUGGCGUUUUGGAGAGCAUGGCAUAGAUCAUACAACAAGUGGGUUGUACGGUAUAUUUAUAUCCCUUUGGGAGGAUCUUCUAAUAGACUUUUGACUUCUCUAGCUGUCUUUUCCUUUGUGGCUAUAUGGCAUGAUAUUGAAAUGAGAUUAUUAUUGUGGGGCUGGUUAAUUGUCUUGUUUUUAUUUCCUGAAAUUCUUGCAACUAAAUACUUCGGCAAAUAUUCUAAGGAAAGUUGGUACAGAAGUUUAUGUGGAGUUGGCUGUGUUUUCAAUCUGUGGUUGAUGAUGAUUGCAAAUUUGUUUGGGUUUUGUUUAGGAUCUUCUGGCACUAUGCAAUUACUCAAAGAUAUAUUCAGUACUCAAGAUGGAAUUGUCUUCUUCUUUUGUGCUAAUACAGCUAUAUAUGUUGCAGUUCAAGUCAUGUUCGAACAAAGAGAACACGAGAAAAGGCAGGGCAUAAACGUAAAGUGCUGA